UUGCAAUUCACUACCAGUAUAUCUGUAUCAUACUCACGUUCUUUUAUUUUUCUCUGGAAUAAGCAAGUACAUAAAUAUUUACUAUAAUAUGAAAACAUUUUACAAUUAACCAAUCACGUGUCUUGAUAGUACUCUGUAAUUUCCGCAUUUUCUCGAACAUACCGCUAUCGCUACAUAUACGGCAUAAUAAAGUGGCGAGGGUUGGUUGUUUUACGUUCAGAAUAGUUAUUUAGAUUCUUAAAAAAUGGCAACAGUUUUACGUGUAAAACGUCGUAAUUCAUUCGAACCAUUAAAUACUUUAGUAAUUGCUUGUAAAAAACAAAAAAUCAGCGACGAUAAAUGUGCUGAAACAUCUGACUCUGAAGAUGUAACAACUGUACUUAAGCUGGCUGGUACCGUGCAAACUCAGGAUGAUGUGGUCAAACAAAUAGCUAAAACUUUGAGUAAAGAUCAAUUAAAGGAAAAUUACAAACAAAAUAUUACUAACAUUACAGCUAAAAAUCGUAUACAAGCAAGAGAAAAUUCGAAACAACAACGUUACAAAGUAAUAAGUUGUUUUCGUUCUCUUAAUUCUGAUUUACAGCAACUCGAUGAGAAAGGCAUGACUGUUAUUGAUGUUGAAGAUUCUGUUUCCUGUACAGCUACGAAAUCAUCAAGUGACCAAGACAAUGAUUACGUGUAUGAUUUAUACUAUACUAAAACAGAAGAAGGAAUAGAACCAGAAAAUUUUAUUUCAGUUUAUACGCCUGGUGAAGAUUUAGUAUUUGAUCAUCACAGGGAGUCACCAAAUAAUUCAGAUAUAUUUGCAUCAGAAGAUUCGAAUUCAGAAUCGAAUUGGCGUAAUGAAUAUCCAGAUUCAGAUUAUUCAAAUGGUUCUAUUGAUGAAGAUGAUAUGAGGGAAGCUGUAAUGAGAGUUAAAAUUGAAGGUGAAGGGAGUGAUCUCUCUGAUGAAGAUGAUCAUAAUGAUGGUGAGUUUGUAUAUACUGUUGAUGAGGCUGAUGUUGAAAACUACGGCUAUGCAUAUGCUUAUUAUAAGGCUAAGAUGAUAGAUGAAUCAUUCAGUGAUAGUGAGAUGAGCGAUCAUAGUGGGGUGUACAUAUCAGAAAUUAAUGAUGUCCCUGAAGAUGAAGAGAGCGAUAUUGAGGAAGAAGAUUAAAUUUUUAUAAUUUCUGGUUCAUUUGUUUGAUACAUGACUUUCGUUUCAAUCAAAAAGUACAUUAAUGACACGUUUGUUGUAAAUAUUUGAACGAAGAGUUUAAGAGGCAAUACUCGUAUAAUAUUUAAAAAAAUUUUUCAAACUUUAAACAUAAACUGUAUUGAUUAUAUUUAUAAUAGUGUUUCGAAGCAAUGUUCUACUUGAAAAGUAGCUGACUAUUUUGAAUAAAUUUUUCAAUUUAAUGAUA